AUGGAUAAAUUGGCCGACUUGAAGCACCUGUUUGUGACAGUGUUUCUAGCAAAUUUUGCGCUGAAUGUGAUCCCUCCUGCUAUAACUGAUAUCGCCGUUGGCGCACUCUGCCCUGCUCAAGACGAGUGCUCUCUUGCCAUUUAUCUUUCCGGUUUCCAGCAGGCUAUCUUAGGACUGGGAUCAAUGCUGAUGUUGCCAUUGCUAGGACAUUUAUCAGAUAUAUAUGGAAGGAAAGCUUUGCUCACAGUCCCGGUGGCUGCCGCCAUUGUUCCAUCAGUAAUAUUGGCAAUUGGAAGGUCAACAAACUAUUUCUAUGCUUACUAUGCAAUAAAGACCUUCACUGGCAUGGUCAGUGACAAUGGAAUUGAGUGCCUUUCCGUUGCUUAUGCGGCAGCUAGCAUAUCAGAAGAAAAACGUGUUUCUGCAAUUGGAGCUGUUGCCGGCAUAGGCUCAGUUGCAUCUCUUUCUGGUACAAUGGCUGCUCGCUUCCUCUCCACUGCUCACAUCCUUUCUUCGGUUAACGUAUUUAAUAAGACACAAAAUUAA